UCCGUGCUAAGGCAAGACCUCAGCCACUUCCUCAUGCAGCUUCAGUGUCGAUAGGAGAGAGCUCUUAGACACGACACUUCCUAAAAAUCCAUUUCACGUUCCAUACGAUAUUCCAGCAAUGCCCCUCCUGUGGGCUUGAAGACAGGCAUGGAGCUGAGAUUCCUGCUUCUGUUGCUCUGCAUCUCAGGAUUCCAAGCACAAGAGUCUGACGCAGUGGAGAGCAGAGCGGAGGGGCAGCGUCUCGUUGUUGAGUGUCGCUACAGAUCCCCGGAUUACAGUGCAACACGGAAAACCUGGUGCCAGCCGAGGGAUAAGAAAUGCUCUCCAUUAGUUAUCACUUCUUACACAUCAUAUGGAUACCACAGCAAGGUUACCUCUGGAAGAACUACGAUAGAGGAUGACACCCGCAAGGGGAUUGUAACCAUCAUUAUGGAGAAGCUGCAGGUGCAGGACUCCGGCCUCUAUUGGUGUGCGCUCUAUGACCCGCCCAAUACACUGUAUCCACUAAUGACAAUUCAAUUGAAUGUUUUCAAGGAAGUCAAUGCUAUGGAGGGGCAGAAUCUCUCUGUCCAGUGUCCAUACAACACACAGCAUUAUAAAGAGGAAAAUAAAGCCUGGUGCCGAAGGACAAUUCAGAAUAAAUGCUUUGUCUUGGUCAACACUCAUCACAUCACAUAUCAAAACAGCGCUCAGAAUGGCAGAGCCAGGAUACAUGACGACACCCAAAAAGGGAUUGUUACUAUCACCAUGGAGAAACUGAAGGUAGACGAUGCAGGGGUGUACUGGUGUGCGCUCUACGAGCCUCCCAAUCUUUACAGAAUAAUUGAUGUUAAACUGGCUGUUACCAAGACUACAACUACAAGUGAUGUCCCAUUUGCCUCAAUCACACGUCACACCAGCCUAAUCCUUAGCACAGCUAGUGCUGGGGUCACCCAAACAGAUAGCAGCCUCUCGACUGAGAGAAACUUCAUCAUCCUCGGCGUGGUCUUGGGAGUCCUCUUCAUCCUGGCGCUUAUAGGCUUGGUGAUAUUGUACACCAGGAAAUCCAAGCAGCUGAAGACAAGAGGUGAUGGACAAGCUGAAGCCAUCUAUGAAGAACCCAAGGACGCCACAGUGUCUCAGGGCUUCGGCAACAUGAACGAUCCCAAGGACGACAAACAGGAGAUGCCACAAGACCUAAAAUAUGCCACCUUGGCCUUUAAAUCCAGACCCAGUCCCAGGGAAUCUGUCUACGCCAACAUCACGCCAAGUCGAGCUCUGGAAACACCCCACACCAGGUCCUCCACUGAGCCUGUGGAAUACGCCAGCAUUUCACUUAAGCCAUUAGCAUCAGGCGCCAAAUCGUGAUCCCGAGAACCCUGAAUAGCCCAGCGGUGGAACAGAAGAGACUGAGCUGGAACACUGCUGGGGGCGGGGGGAAGCGUGUGUGCAUGCUAGAGAAGAAGUCUUUGCUAUGUUUAUAUUUAAUAUGUAUAUUUAAAGUCCUGCCUCAGGUCAGAGGCUUGCAGAGAAAUUUAUCACAGGCAAUUGGGCAAAAUGCAGCUGCUUUUGAAGAAACAGCACAGGAAGAUCAAGAGAACGAAGGAGAAUCCUCAGGGUUCAAGCUGGAGGAAUAUGGACAGGCAUUGUCAUCUCAAACCCACUCAAACAUUGUUUGUGUAAGAUUCUGACUCAGAUGUUACAGGGUUCCGCUUCCCCUUGGGAGAGUGACAGAGAAUGAGCAGAGGGGGAAGGGGAAUAAAUAUACUGAUGAUGUGUGAACUGCAUCACGUUUUGCUGAAUGUACCUCAAUACAUAGCUUGAGAGUGUUUGCAAGGGAGCAACGUGUAAGUAUUAAUCACCAUCAUCACGGUCUCUAACCUAGAAUGACUAUACCGUACGAACCAAGGCCCCAGAACAGCCUUUCAGCUGCAAAAAUGAUAUUUAGCAUGCAUAGACACAUAGGAUGACCAGAUGUCCUGAUUUGAUAGGGACAGUCCCAAUAUUCAAGGCUUCGUCUUAUAUAGGCACCUAUUACCCCGCACCCCCGUCCCGAUUUUUCACACUUGCUGUCUAGUCACCUCAUAGACACAUGUUAGUGCAGAAUAGGUCAUGCAAAUGCCCAAGCAGCUCAAGUGCAGCGACCUGCGUGGGUGUGAGGGAGACAGGGACAACAGGAUUUUGGAAUAAAUUAAAUGUUGGUUAUCUUGGUGAGGCAUCAGAUCAGGAGCGUCUAUUUAGAAUGAAAAAAUAGAAUGUACGGGCAUGUGGAUGGGGUCUCAGGGCUGCAUGUGUGUUGGGGGCAUGUGUCUCUUCCUUUAGGGGAGGGGGCACAGGUUAAACAGGGCUGCCAGGGCUAAUGACAGUGGCGAGUCUCAAAAGCUGGAUCCUGUGGUGUUCCCAGCUCUAGUGCUGAACUUGUGCUCAGUGUUUGUCCACAGGCUCAGGACAUACGUGCAGUCUCUAUGGCCAGUUCACUGAAAAUAGGUAGUCACCUGCCGCAGUCAAAGCAUUUAUCGACACCGCUUCCACACCGCUGUGUUAGCACAGGCCUCUGACUCGCCCUCCCACCCCUGAAUGCCCUGAAGGAGUGGCCAGUCAUUCUCUGGCUGGGAAAACCCUUGGGUUACUCAGCAUCUCUGGUUGCAUUGCUGACCUACCCAGGCUGGCUACUCAAACCAAGGCAACAGGGAAUAGCGACAGCACGGGGAAACCAAGAAAGGAGUGUUCGAGUGAAGAAAAGAGAUGGGACUGCACACAUUCACCCAGAAGGAAGGAAGGGCGGGGGAGAAUAGGGGAGCUUUCUGAACAGAAGGGUCCCCUCAUUGCUCUAGCUGAGAGGAUAGGCAGCUGAGCAGGUAAGAGGAAGUGCUAGAUGAAGCAGCUAAAUUGCAAGGAAUAUGACGGAGAAAAUAGAGGAAGAAGAAGGAUGAGCACAGAAGGCAGAUUUCGACAGAGGCCCAAAAUUAGAGAGGAAGUGGCAACAAUCACUAAGGCUAAGUAGUUAAGGACUCGGGUGCGCUGGGUGACUCAGAGGGACAUGCUGAGGCUCGGGGAAUUUUAAUUUAUAGAUCAGUGGUGCGAAUCUGGACCGGAUGGGUAAUGUCCAAGAGCAGAUAGCUGGUCAGUGAGUGAUGUGAAAUGAGUUUGCUGGGUUUUAGCUCAGUUCCCAGUGGACAGAAGUGUCCGGUUUCCAAAAAGUGCUGGCACCAUAUCUGGUUGUUCAAGACAGGUGGCAGAUGAAUGGGCCUCAACUACCCCUCACUCCAAAAGUAGGUCCCUGCUCUCUUGGGGUUGCCGAGGGGAAGCCUACACUACCAAUCUUCUGAGAAUACAUAACUGACUUUGGUUUUCUGGCUAACAAUCAGGCACCUUUCGCCAGCAAUAAAGUAAAUGAAAAAGAAAGCAGAGCCUGAGACCAAUGGCCUGAUUUUCUACCACUAUGCUCCUUGUUCAGCCAUUUUCACUGGUACAAUGCAGGUGGAAAAUACUACUCAAUCAAAUAGCAACACAAGGUGUGAUCCCUUUGCAUGCACAAGGAAGGGUCAGAAAUAUAACGGAGACAGGAAGCUCUGCAGGGCCUAGGGAUGGGCAGGAUCUUCAAUUAUCAGGAAUGAAGGGAGUAAACUGAUAGCGGGAAUUUGCUGUAAACAGAGCAAGUCAAACAUUUUUUAUGGUGGAAAAUAGCCUUUAUUGGUCAACAACAGGCAUAUUUGCGAAAAAGCGUCCAGUUUUGUUGAAGAUGUUCAUGUUUUCAUUGAAAAACUGGGGGAGUGGAGGGGGGAACAAUCAAAGAAAAUGUUCAACAAUUUUGGUGGUUGUUUUAGCAGGGAAAUUUUAUAUAGAUAUAUAUAAAUUUCCUGAUCCAUUACAGUUGUAAAUCACAUUGUGCCCAGGAGGAACAAGUUGCAGGGAAUUACAAAAGAAAGUACAAAAAUAUUUGCUAAAAAACCUAAACUAGACAAUAAUGGAAGACUUUGAACUAGAACUGACUAUGGGGUGUACUUUCAGGGAAGUAGAUGUUUCUGACCAACAUGAGGCUAAACUCCUACCAGUUGCACUGAAAAUGGACCUCUACAUAGAAAGAAUGAAUCCUAUAACAUACUUAUGGUCAUGGUGGAGGGCUGUUUCUUUAUAUCCUAUCUAGAAGAGAGAGGGAGAAAGAGAAAGGCUUGUGCAUAGAGGAUAUAUCUGCAGUCCUACCACCUCUGGGUGUGAUGCUGUCAUCUCCUGUGACGCACCCCAUAAUGCUUUCAGAAAUAUGCUUAUGAGUGUAAAUAUGACAU